AUGUUCCGCCAUGUUGAUCCCAACCUUCCAAAUAUCCUUCUUUGCCCUUUACUAUAUAACAUUGGCGCGUCCAUGAUCAUUCUGCUUGAAAUCUACCAUCUAUAACUCCAUCAAUCAUCCACUGCAGCCAUCGCUCUCUCCACCCAUAGCCCGUCUUUUAGACUCGGAGCUACAGUGAACGGACAAUCGCUGGUCAACACAAGCUCAACCAACAACCAACAUCGCUCGAUACGGGACCUACGAGUGAGCGAGGGAGGCUCUACUAUAGUGCGAAUCCAUUAGCCUCCCCGUCAUUCAUUUUCUUCCACCCGAACAAUGGCAGGCACAUCCCCUCGCCGUUCUAUCCGCUCUCGUCCCCUCACACAGCAAAAUUCAAAUUCACAUCACUCCUCAGCCUCGUCGAACUCUUCCAGCAGAGGAGAGCGGAACACACGAACAUCUGCGAAAGCCGAAUCGCCGCGGAAGCUCACCUCCAACGAAUCACUCUCUUCGGAGCCUCUCGACGACAGAGUCGCGUCGUCCAUCGAAGAGUCGCUAUCGACACGCCGGCGGAAACGUGGGCAGACGGACGAACAAGAUAAAGAAUUGAAAGACAAGCGACCCGACAUGCCUAACGGCAUUAGCGAACCUGUUGGCGAGGAUGAUGAGGCCGUUCGCUGCAUCUGUGGCAGCGACGACUACCCCGGCCCGCCUCAGAUCAGCGACGAGGACAAGAAGGGCAUCAAAGAAGUCGUCGAACCCGACCUUAUAACCCCCGAAGACUACACCGAGGAUCUGGCCGGGUUUUUCCUACAAUGCGACAUGUGCAAGGUGUGGCAGCACGGCGGCUGCGUCGGGAUCAAGAACGAGGACAUGAGCCCCGACGAAUACUUUUGCGAACUAUGCCGCAGCGACCUUCACAAAGUCUUUACAGCCUCCAAUGGGCAAAAAUACUCGCACUACCUCCCCCUCUACCAGCACCAACACCAGCACCACCAGACGACGCUGUCGCGCAGCACCAGCCGCGCCAGCCGCGCCGCCUCCUUCUCGAAAGACGGCACGCGCUCCCCCCGCGCAGGCAGCAAGAACGGCCGCCCGACAUCGAGCAGCAUGAUGAGCGCGAACCAGAAGCGGCGCUCCACGAUGAACAGCCGCGACGCCGCGUACGACGAGGAAGAGCAGCUACGGCGCGCCAUCGAGGCGAGCAAGGGCGAGAAGUCUGAGAGCACCGACGGCGGCGGUGGUGGCACAAGCCGCAAACGCGGCCGAAGCGAUAGCGAAGAAAAGCAAGACUUCCCCAAGCGCCAACGCACGCUCUCGAACUCCCCCUCCCCCCAGAAAGAGGCCCUCACCCCCUUCGGCCCAUCAAACGACUCCGACGACGCGGAGACAACACGACCAGUAGGCGCCAAGAAGAUACGCGGCGCGGCGGCGCGGAAUCAUCGGGAGAAGGAGGCAAGGGAGGAGCGGGAGAAGACGAGGCUCGAGGCGGCGAAUAAGCGGAAGGGAAGGGCGGAGAGGAGGAGGGUUGAUGACCUCGAACCACCAGAAGAUCUCCUCCCAUCCACCCCCACCCCCACCGCCCCCUCCACAACCGUCCCCCAACCCACCACCACAGACACACCUCCCGCACCCCCCGCAUCAAUCCCCCCUUCCUCCCCUCCCCCGCCAAAAACAACACCCUCAACCACAACCACCAACACAACAACCAACACCAUUACCACCGCCGCCGCCACAACAAGCACAACAACAAGCCACAAAAAAGGCGGUCGCCCCGCCCACACCCGCAAAGGAAAAGUAGGGAAAAACCAGUACACCCGCGACCGCGACGCCGACGACUCGCAUAACACUACCAACGCCUCGCCGCGGCGUAGCGAGAGUCGUGAAGGUGGAGUAGGAGGAGCAGGGGGUAGAGGAGGGGGGGAAGAAGGAAGGAGAGGUGGUGGAGCGGGCGGGGGAGGGAGGGGAAAGACGAGUAUAUUGGAUAUGAGGAGGCGGGUUGCGGGGAUGUUGGAGUUUAUUUCGCGCACGCAAGUGGAGAUGGCGGAGAUGGGGGAUACGGGGGAGGCGGAGAGGGUUGUUAGGGCGUUGGGGGGGGUUGUUGGGGUGGAUUUUGGGAGUGCGGGGCAUAAUGCGGGAGGUGGUGGGGGGGGAAGAGGGGGGAUACGAGGACAGAUGAUGAUAGGCCGAGGGAGUUUGGGGAGUUGA